AGAAGGGAUUCGCCGUCCUUGAAUAAUAGCCAGGAAAGGAGAUUAAUACGAAACGAAGCGUUGCAUCUUGGAAUGACAUGCUCCUCGACGCCUCUCACAGCCCGAAGGAGCUGCAGUGGCUCACAACCACGGAACCGGAAGUUGAACGAGGGACAGGGUCGGAUGAGCCUCUUCUGUUGCGUAACCCUGAGAAGUGCUCCAAAGCAGAUCGUGCAUUCCACGCACCACAUUGCAGCAAACUUCCUCACUUCCCAGAUGAAAACGACUGGAUUUGGACUAAUGAAAAAAGGAACGGUCAGCUGCCGUCAGAGUAAGUGAAGGUUUUAGGAUUUUUUUUGGUGGAUGAUCACGAUUCUGACGUUUCAGAAGAGUCUGUGUCUUUUUCCUUUUUCACUCAUCCUGCCUGGCAUUUGGCAAAAUCAUGAGCAGGUAUUUGCUUUAUCGUAUCUACUCCUUUUGGGGACUGUUGCCCUUUUGGAUACUGUGUACAUCUUCUACCAACAAAUGUACUGUUAGACAUGAAAUAGCUGACUGCAGUCAUCUGAAGUUGACUCAAAUACCUGAUGACCUCCCAACAAACAUAACAGUGUUGAAUCUCACUCAUAAUCAACUCAGAAGGCUACCACCUGCCAAUUUUACAAGAUAUAGCCAACUUACUAUCUUGGAUGGAGGAUUUAACUCCAUCUCAAAGCUGGAGCCAGAAUUGUGCCAAAGCCUCCCUUUGCUGGAAAUUUUGAACCUCCAACACAAUGAGCUAUCUCAGCUUUCUGAUAAAACCUUUAUCUUCUGCAUGAAUUUGACUGAACUCCAUCUAAUGUCCAACUCAAUCCAGAAAAUUCAAAAUAAUCCCUUUAAAAACCUGAAGAAUUUAAUCAAAUUAGACCUAGCUCAUAAUGGUUUAUCAUCUACUAAAUUAGGAACUCAGCUGCAACUGGAAAAUCUCCAAGAGCUUCUACUAUCAAAUAAUAAAAUUUCUGCACUGAGGCGUGAAGAACUUGAUUUCCUUGGCAACUCUUCUUUAAAACGAUUAGAGCUGUCAUCAAAUCAAAUAAAAGAGUUCUCUCCAGGGUGUUUUCAUGCAAUUGGAAAAUUAUUUGGCUUCUCUCUGAACAAUGCCAAACUGAGCCCCAGUCUCAUAGAAGAGCUCUGCUUGGAAUUAUCAAACACAAGCCUUCAGAGUCUGUCCCUGAGCAACAACCAGCUGUACACAACCAGCAACACGACUUUUGCUGGGCUGAAGCAGACAAAUCUCACAAUGCUCGAUCUUUCCCAUAACAGCUUACGUGUGAUUGGUAAUGAUUCCUUUGCUUGGCUUCCACAUCUAGAAUAUCUCUUUCUGGAGUAUAAUAACAUAGAACAUCUGUCUUCUCGCUCUUUCUAUGGGCUUUCCAAUGUGAGAUACCUGAAUCUGAGACGAUCUUUUACUCAACAAAGCAUUUCCCUGGCUUCACUUCCCAAGAUUGAUGAUUUUUCCUUUCAGUGGCUAAAAUUUUUGGAGUAUCUCAAUAUGGAAGAUAACACCUUUCCAGGCCUAAAACGCAAUACUUUCACGGGAUUGACAAGGCUGAGGAGUCUAAGUCUAUCCAACUCCUUCUCAAGUUCGCGAACUUUAACAAACGAAACGUUUUUAUCACUUGCUGGUUCUCCUCUGCGCGUACUGAACCUGACCAAAAAUAAAAUCUCAAAAAUCGAGAGUGGUGCUUUUUCUUGGCUGGGCCACCUAAAUGUACUUGACCUUGGCCUUAAUGAAAUUGGGCAAGAACUCACAGGCCAGGAAUGGAGAGGUCUAGAGAAUAUUGUUGAAAUCUACCUUUCCUACAACAAGUACGUAGAGCUGACUAGCAACUCUUUUGCCUUGGUUCCUAGCCUUCAACGACUGAUGCUCCGAAGGGUGGCCCUUAAACAUGUGGAUAGCUCCCCCUCACCUUUUCACCCUCUUCCUAACCUGACCAUUCUGGAUCUAAGCAACAACAACAUAGCCAACAUCAAUGAUGAACUGUUGAAGGGUCUGGAGAAACUAGAAAUUCUGGAUUUGCAGCAUAACAACUUAGCUCGCCUCUGGAAGCGUGCAAACCCUGGCGGUCCUGUUCAUUUUCUGAAGGGUCUUUCUCGCCUCUGCGUCCUUAACUUAGCGUCUAAUGGCUUUGAUGAGAUCCCAGCAGAAGUCUUCAAGGACUUACGUGAAUUGAAGAGCAUCGAUUUAGGAUUGAAUAAUUUAAAUAUCCUUCCACCAUCUCUCUUUGAUAAUCAAGUGUUGCUCAAGUCAUUAAGCCUUCAGAAGAAUCUCAUAACAUCUGUUGAAAAGAACGUUUUUGGGCCAGCCUUCAAGAACCUGAGUGAUUUAGAUAUGAGCUUUAAUCCAUUUGAUUGUACAUGUGAAAGCAUUGCCUGGUUUGCUAAUUGGAUUAAUAAUACCCAUACCAACAUCUCUGAACUAUCAAGCCGUUACCUCUGCAACACUCCACCUCAAUAUCGUGGUUUCCCAGUGAUGCUUUUUGAUACAUCACCCUGCAAAGACAGUGCCCCAUUUGAACUCCUUUUCAUGAUAAAUACCAGUACCCUACUGAUUUUUAACCUUAUUGUACUGCUCAUCCAUUUUGAAGGCUGGAAGAUAUCUUUUUAUUGGAAUGUUUUAGUGCAUCGAGUUCUUGGUUUCAAAGAAAUAGACAGACAUCCAGAACAGUUUGAAUAUGUGGCAUAUAUCAUUCAUGCCUAUAAAGAUAGGGAUUGGGUCUGGGAACACUUCUCCCCAAUGGAAGAAGAAGAUCAUACACUCAGGUUUUGUCUGGAAGAAAGGGAUUUUGAGGCAGGUGUCCUUGAACUUGAAGCAAUUGUUAAUAGCAUCAGAAGGAGCAGAAAAAUUAUUUUUGUUAUAACACAGAAUCUACUGAAAGAUCCAUUAUGCAAAAGAUUCAAGGUGCACCACGCAGUUCAGCAAGCUAUUGAACAAAAUCUGGAUUCCAUUAUAUUGAUCUUUCUUGAGGAUAUUCCGGAUUAUAAACUGAAUCAUGCGCUCUGUUUGCGAAGAGGGAUGUUUAAAUCUCACUGCAUCUUGAACUGGCCGGUUCAGAAAGAACGGGUAAAUGCCUUUCAUCAUAAAUUGCAAGUAGCACUUGGUUCCAGAAAUUCAGUACAUUAAAUUUAUUUAAAGACUAAAUUAAAGGAGUAACUUUCCUAAUUUAAAAAA